UCGGCUGCUCGGGUCAGGGCGUCACAUUCAAAGUCCCCCUGCACGAGCUGCUGGCUGGUUGAUGAUAUCCACUGUGUUUUUGGCCGCUGGUUAUUGGAGAGACUGGAGAUAAGGAGUGACUGCAGUGGGUGCUGUUGGUUGGAGAGCCCGCUGACUGAACUUGUGAGAGGAGAGAGAGAGAGAGAGAGGGAGCUGUGCGCUCUCUUCCCGGCAGAGUGCGUCCCGAUCCACUUACACACACAAACACGCGCACGCACACACACACAUCGGGGCCACUCUUCUUCUAGGCAGCGGACUGCCUUCGGUGAAUAUCGCACAUGAGCAGGGUGAGGGACGCCGGCAGAUCAGUCCUACCUGUGCACCUUCCGCGUGCGUCAAAGAAACUCCGCUGACUGUUCCCUCCGCCGAGCUUUUGGAUUACGGAGGAUAAAUAACAAAGCAGCGAGGGCGCGUAACUCCCGUAAUCAUGGAUUUAUGGAUAAAGUUGAUGUUGUUGUACGGCUGCUGCUUUGGAAUAAGUGCAGACUUUGAUGGCAGGUGGCCGCGGCAGAUGGCCUCGUCCAAUGGCCUGUGUCGUUAUGGGGCCCGGGUGGACUGCUGCUGGGGAUGGACGCGUCGCUCCUGGGGUCACUGCCAGCAAAUGCCCGCAACCUUUGUGUGUUUGGCUAUUUGUUUUGCAGCUCUCUUCGCCUUAACUCACAGAGUAGCCGGGAUAAGGUGCCAGCCCCAAGCUCUGUGUCAGCCCGGCUGCAAGAACGGAGACUGCGUGGGACCUAACAAGUGCAAGUGCCACCCCGGCUUCACCGGCAAGACCUGCAACCAAGAAGAAGAAGAGCUGGAACGUUUAACCCCACCAGUGUGGGCCAGUCACCUUUCCCUCUUCCUUCCUGUGGACCACCAGCCAGCCAGAGUAGUGACGGAGGACCUGAAUGAGUGUGGGCUGAAGCCUCGGCCUUGUAAACACAGGUGCAUGAACACAUAUGGGAGUUACAAGUGCUACUGCCUCAACGGCUACAUGCUGAUGCCUGACGGGACCUGUGGAAAUGCUCGCACUUGUGGCAUGGCCAACUGCCAGUACGGCUGCGAGGUGUUAAAAGGAGAGGUCCGAUGUCAGUGUCCGACGCCGGGGCUGCAGCUGGCUCCGGACGGAAGAACCUGUGUGGAUGUUGACGAGUGUGCCGCAGGAUUAGCCGUGUGUCCCAGGUUUAGAAAAUGCAUCAACACAUUUGGUAGCUACAUCUGCAAGUGCCACGAAGGCUUCGACCUGCAAUACAUCAACGGGAAAUAUCAGUGCAUAGAUGUGGAUGAAUGCUCCUUAGGUCAGAGCCACUGCAGCAGCUUCGCCACCUGCUACAACACGCCGGGCUCGUACAAGUGCAAAUGCAAAGACGGCUACAGGGGGAUGGGCCACGACUGCAGACCCAUUCCUAAGGUGGUUAUCGACCCCCCGAGACCAGGCAAACUCCCUCCAAAUCAUCACAACCACAUCCCUGAUAUGGAUCAGAGGAGGACUACCACCACCCUCCGCCCGCCAGUCACUCAAAGGAGAAUCUUCCCAGUUAUUCCCAAAUCCACACCCGCUACAACAACAACAACGACAACGACGACAACAGCCAAACCAAAGACCAAAGCUCCUCUUCCUCCAAAGAGGAUAACUCCAAAGCCGGCAGUUCCCACCAAGAAGCCCUUUAUCCCGACCAGGAAGCCACCAGCUCCGACACGCAAGCCCAUCAUCCCACUGAGGCCAGCACCUCCCACCAGACUCCCCCCACCACCGCCCCCGGUCACACCAGUGGACAACAGCAUCCAGAAGGAGGUCACCAAACAGAGAGGAGAUGUCCACAUCCCCAGGAACCACGGCCAUAACACCGUCCUCGGCAUUGACUUUGACAUUGAGCUGGGCAACACGGCGGAGGAAGCCAAGGACGACCCAGAGUCUGGGUUUCUGAGCUGCUCCUUUGAUGAUGGUCUCUGUGGUUGGAUCAGGGACAAAGAUGGAGACCUGCACUGGGAGACGACGCCUGAUCCGUCAGGUGGACGGUACCUCACCAUCCCCGAGGUGGGCAACAAGAGGACAGGGCGAGGGGCCCGACUGGUCCUCCCACUCACCCCACCCUGGAAUGACGGCAAUCUGUGCCUGUCAUUCCGGCACAAGCUGGCAGGCCACCACGUGGGCAUGCUGCAAGUGUUUGUGAAGAAGGGGAAGCAGUACAGUCCUGCAGUGUGGGGCCGGACGGGUGGGAACGGCUGGAGGCACACACAGAUCACAUUAUGGGGCACAGGCCUGGAAAGUGUGAUCCUGAAGGGGGAGCGUGGGCGGGGCCGGAUCGGUGAGAUGGCUGUGGACGACAUCACUCUGAGGAAAGGCUCCUGCACAGAGGAGCACAAUCUGAGGAGACUCUGACUGACAGAACAGUGACAGGCAGAAACAAACAACACACAAAAAAAAAAAAAUUGAGGGAGAAUCAUCUCAAAGAGAACUGACUCUAUUUUGACAACCCCUCACUCUGCCUCCACCCACCCUUUCUCUGCAGCUCAUCCCCACCAUUGUGCGAACAAUAUCCCCAAAAUGAUCUCUCUGCAGAGCAGUGGGUUUCUCCUUCUACAGCGACCGUGAAUUUAAAAAAGAAAAAACUGAAUCAAAUAUCAUGGUCUGGUCCCAGCAGCACACCCCAAGUCUUCUCCAUCUCCUGUUCACUCCAUCACCUUGUUACUCUCCAAAAAAACCUGCAUGCACCUACUUACAAUGGAAAUGUGCUCCACCUAACACAGCCCGGCAGCCCUCCAGCCACACCGCUGAGACACACACUCACUUCAUUUCUUCCUGCAGAGAGGAUCGUUCCCAUAUAUAGCAGUCUGAUUUUACCAUAAGCCACAUUUUUUUUAUUUUGCUUGAUGUUAGAAGAAGUGGCCUAGGGUGAAUUUGGUGUGUAUUUUAAUCAGCAAAAUAUCAGUGAAGGUAUAUAUUUCUUUAAAAGUAAAACUUUUUUUUUUUUAAACCUUAAUAGUAUUUGUCAUAGUUGAUUUUUUGGAAUCAAAAUCCAACUGAUCCAAAAUGUAAAUUCAAUGUCAAAGACAGUUUUGACUUGCUUUUGUUGUAAUUCCUCUAAUUUGGGUGUAAUUUGUUUUGCCAUGUCAUCCCUCGUAUAUGGCGUGGUUUUGACUGAAAUAGCCAUGUUGUCACAGUAUUUCAAAGAUCUGUUUGGUAGGAAAGGGCUUGAAAAUGCUUCACUCUUCCUCAAACCGGGAUCUUUUAUUGCUUAAAAGUUGUUGAAACUCUCUUCGUUCAUGUGUUUCAGAUACUUGAAAGAUGUCAAACAGAAUCAGUGUUUGAUUUUUUUUCACACUUACAAAGACAACUUUUACUUUCUAUUAUACAGUGUGGGCUUUGUUAUACUAAGUGCAGUUUGUUACAAAGACAAUAUCGACAACUUUUUAGGCCUUCACACAUUGUAUUAUUGUAAAUGUAGUUGUGUGUACAUACUCUAAAGAUUUACAAUCCCAUUUGUUGUGUGGUUUAUUCGUAAUGUAAUUGCAAUCAUGAAUAUUACCGUAAAACUUCAAAUAACAGCCCAUCCCUAUUUAAGGCCCAGUCCCCUUUACUAGCCUGGUGCUGCUGCAUGUUUUGUUAACUACAGGCAGGUCUCAAAUAAAGGCCCAAAUGCAUUUAGUGCUGAUUUAGAUUGCGGAUCAAGAAUAAGGAGAAAAAGCAGCAAGACACAAAAAAAAAAAAAAGAUAACCUUCCAGAUCUAUCCAUGAAAGGCAGAAUAAUGCCUUGGAAUAAUAGUGUGCAUACCAGCCGUGCAGCAGGUUGGCAUACUGUCUUAAAAAGCAAAAUCAAAUUAGUGUCAUUUUAGGGUAUUUGUAACGUUUUUUAUCGAUAUCCUAACUAUCUGCACAGUUCAAUAUUCUUUCUGGUGUGAAUGUACAGUUUUUUAGUCUUUCCCAUCUUUCAUGUGUACAAGUUUUGUUUAAAAAUAAUGAAAAGCCCGUAAUUUAUUGGCUGCUGUCCCCAAAUGAAGGCAGGCUCAUUUCAUAGACUGAAGUAAAAAAAAAUAUUGGGCUAUCAAUAGAAGUCUUAUGGUAAUAUAAUUUCAAUUGAAUUAAAGAACAUGUAUACAGAUGGGAACUUUGUGUUAAAAAUGCACAACCAUAUAUGUUAAUGUGUUAUGACGCUACAUCUGUAAUCUGCAGUGCACAUACACAUAGUGUAUGCUGUUACAAAGAAGGGCAUCGGCUGGAGUAUUGAGGGUUUCUGUAUGCAUGGGGUGCAUUCACCAAAUUCAGAUUUAUUCAGACCAGUAUGUAAAUAAAAUACAUUUGACUGAUAUGAUA